AUGAAGAGAGAGUCGUCGUCUUCCUCUUCUCCCGGCUCCAAUCCGUCCCUGCUGCGGCGUCUCAGCCAGUUUGUCCAACCGGGACAGUCGGCCGCCUACCAGCCUAGAAAUCGGACGGCUUCCGACGUACCUCAGCCGGCCCUGGCUACGCCGGCGACCGAUCCUGCUCAAAUCAAGUCGGUGUGGCUCGACUGUGAUCCGGGCCAUGACGAUGCUAUGGCGCUGCUCAUGGCUCUCCACCAUCCCAGCCUCGAAUUGCUCGGCGUCUCCACCGUAGCAGGCAACGCCGGUGGCCGUGACACCUUCCUCAACGCUGUUCGCCUUAUGGCGCUCUACCGAGCCGACCCUUCCAUUCCCGUCAUCCGCGGUUCCGACUGCCCGCUCGUCAAGGAGGUCAAGGUGGACGUCGGCAUCCACGGUCAAGGUGGCCUCGGCGGCGUGCAGGGCUUGCCCUCGCUCUCGUCGCCGCUCUGCCAGCCGUGGCUGCAUCCCGCACACCCACGCACAAGCUCACCAACAACAGGCCCCGAACCCUCGCUCUUUCUAUACACGCUCUCCACCAUCCUCACCGAGCGCCUCAAUGCAGGCAAGCCUGGCAUCCACCUUGCUGUCACGGGGCCCAUGACCAACGUGGCGCUUUUCAUCCGCUGCUAUCCGCACCUCGUGCGCGGCAUCGAGCAGAUUGUGCUCAUGGGUGGAGCUGCAGGCGUGCGCGGCAACCGCGGCCCGCUGGCAGAGUUCAACAUCCUCAACGAUCCCGAAGCCGCCUCGAUCGUCUUCAAUACUGACAUCAAGGUGGUCAUGGCCGGUCUCAACGUAACGCACCAGGCCAUCUUUACCGCCGAGCUGCACGAUCGUCUUUUGAGUGGGCGGGUGCGCUCGCCCUCGUCCCGCCGGCAGUCGAGAAUCGCGCUGAGCCCCAUCUCGCCGUCUCACUCGCCUGUCGCUUCGCCCGUUGCGCCAGCCGCGGACAUGGCCACUCAGUCUGCCUCUGGCCCGAGCGACCUCAAGAGGAUGCUGAGUUCCACCCUCACUUUCUUUGCCAAGACGUACGCGUCCGAGUUCGGCUUUACUCGCGGGCCGCCCGUGCACGACAUGCUGGCGAUCGCGUAUAUCAUUGAUCCGACGCUCUUCCACCGCCGCGUUCCGUCGCCAGGAGACGUGCCGAAUGUGGGCAUGUUUGACGCCGAUCCUCACAGCAACAAGGAUGUGCGUGCGGCUGCGUCGUCGGGCAAGCCGCGUCGCCCACGCGUGGUGACGGACAGCAACUCGCUCGGCCUCGAGCCCUCGGCGAUAGACAGUGCCGACGCGAGCGAUGUGUCGGACUCACAGGCUGAAGCUACUGCGUCCGCGGAUGCGAUGCCGCCCAAGCGCUACCGCGUCGACGUCGAGUGCAGCGACGGUCUGGCGUGCGGCGCGACGGUGGUGGAUUUCUGGGGUGACCGCGUCGAGCACAACGGCUGGGGCCGCGGCGGCAGGAACGUAGAGGUGCUCGAGAACCUCGACUGCCCGCGCAUGUGGGACAUCUUCUUCCAGGUCAUCGAGCGCGCCGAGGCACACAUCGCCAAUAGCCCUGUCACUGGCCACGGCUCAGCAGACAAUACCGCCGCCACAUCACCUUCUGGCUCUCCGUCCAAGGCCUUUGCCAAUCUGCGUCUCGACGCCGAUGCGAAUCCCAACAGCCAAGUGCAGGCCUAA